UCAAGAGCCAAGAGGACUCUCAAUCCAACCACACAAAGGAGGAGGUGGUCAGACUGAACAACCAGAUCAGUGAUCUGUCACAGGAAAAUGAGGAGCUGCGGAGCUCUCUGCUGCAAGCACAGACGAACAUCGCCAUCCUGCACGCAGAGCUGGACAAGCUGAAGAAUAUGUACGCAGACCAGAAAGCUCAACAUGACAGAGAAACAGAAGAACUGAAGAGGAUGGUUUUAGAGUACCAGUCAUAUUCCAGUCAGAUCCAGAUUCUCCAGGAAACAAACAAAAAGCUGUAUGACAGUAAUGACGGGCUGCGCUCUGCGUUGGCCACUGAAGCGGUUGCAGCCAAAAGGAGGCUGUCUCCCCAAAAUGAAAUCCCGGCCCGAAGGAUGAAGCCCCUCCGGCAGAGCACACUCAACCAUGGCAGCUCGGAGCCAGAUCCCAGCAAAACGACCUACUCUCAUGUGGCCACCUGGGCCGAUAAGUACCUGGACAGUGGAGUCUCGCUGCCCAUGGACACAGCUGAGAGCUCAGGGAGCGAUUACGACAGCGACGACAGUAGGGACUCAGUGGAAACUGUGCACCACAGUUACUCAUACGUCCCAUCUGAUGUGGAGAUAUCAGACAUGAAAUCUGAAGCUGCAGUGUCGAUGGCUCCUAGCAAGGCGAGCUCUCUUGCAUCAUCCCUACGAAGACGUUUGUCUGCAUUUUCUACAAAGCCUUUAGAAGCAGACAUAGUAGAAUCUGAGGAACCUACUCCGAUGUACCGUCUGGUUUUAGCCGGAGACGCAGGAGCUGGAAAGUCCAGCUUCCUGCUGAGACUGACACUUAACGAGUUCAGGGGAGACAUUCAGACAACACUGGGAGUAGAUUUUCAAAUAAAGAGGAUGCUUGUGGACGGAGAGAAGACGAGCCUGCAGAUAUGGGACACAGCCGGGCAGGAGAGGUUUCGUAGUAUUGCCAGAUCCUAUUUCCGUAAAGCUCACGGAGUCCUGCUCCUCUACGACGUCACCUCAGAAAGCAGCUUUCUCAACGUCAGAGCCUGGGUGGAUCAGAUUCAGGAUUCAACGGACGACAAAAUCCCCAUGUGUGUUAUUGGAAACAAGGUGGACCUCCGAGAGGAGCUUCCAGAGGGGAGCUGUGUGAGCAGUAUGCACGGAGAGAAGUUGGCCAAGGCAUACGGUGCCUUGUUCUGCGAAACGAGUGCCAAAGAGGGAACCAACGUCGUGGAGACCGUGCUUCAUCUAGCGAGAGAAGUAAAGAAAAAUGUCAAACUGAGGCGGCAGUCAGAUUCUCAGGUCAGACUGAGUCAAUCCAACCCAAAGAAGACUCUCAACGCCUGCUGCGGACUGUAGAUGGUUGAUAUCAGUAGACACGAUGGAGCAGAGAAAUGAUUCUAUUUCUUCAUGAAGAACAAUUUUCUUAUGUUUUAACCUUUAGAAUAUUUAACUCUCAAACCUUUAAUAUAUUUUCAUAAAUGUUAAUUCUCUGAUCAAAAUGAAGGCUUCAGUUGCACAUAUAAAUGCAUGUAAUGUAAUCAUGCAUAUAUUUUUCUUAGGUUUUGUAUUUUUUAGGUAGUAAAGUCAUUUUAUAAAGUAAAUAAAUUGACUUAGAUUUAAGUCAGUUUUUAACUGUCAGCCAGUAAAAAAUAGUCUUUUUAAAUUAAUGCACUUUUUUCUGUUUGAGACGAAACUUGAUUCUUGAAAAGACAAAACAAAAAGACAAAUUCAUUUUUUUGAAACAUUUUUAUUAAGCAUCAGUGUAAGCAAUAUUACAUCGCAGUUUAACGCCUUUAAUUAUUGGAGCACUGAUAGAAUUUUUCUCAGAAUUGCAAUGUUAAAGGGACAGUUCACCCCAAAAUUGAAAAACAUAUUUCUCCUCAGACCUGUGGUGCUGUUUAUCAGUCUAGAUUGUUUUGGUGUGAGUUGCAUGUGUCCUUCUGCACAGGGUGUAGUUCAGUAGAAAGAAAAUAGUUCCUACAUGAAACUGCUCACAACAAGGUCUGUGGAUUAUCUUGAGUAACCAGGUCAUGAUUUCUGCACAGACAUUAACGUUGAGUUUUUCAAUUGUAAUUUUUUGGUAGAGCACCACAAGCAUCUUGAGUGCCAUCUUGUUCCAUUAAAUUCAAGAGUAGGCAGACAUCUAUACGGCCAACAUCUCCAACACUCAGCAACUCACACCAAAACAAACUAGACCAGUGGUUCCCAACUGGUGCAUCAACAGGGUCCAGAUUUCUCCUCACUCAUUAGUUCAAGAUCCAUCAUACUUGCCAUGUCGUCUAGCUAGUUUGCUGUCUCUGUUAAGUAGCUGUCUGUUAUUCACUCACUGUAAAGCAGGAAACAGCACUUCAAAAUCAAAGCUCUGUGCCAAA